AUGUCCCACGAACAUGGACGCAUCUGGCUCAUCACAGGCUCUUCCAGCGGCCUCGGCCUCCAACUCGCCCUCACAGCCUCAUCCCACGGCGACACCGUGAUCGCCCUCACGCGAGACCCCAACAAACUAGCCUCCUCCCUCGCAAACGCCCACCCACACAUCAUCCCCUACCAACUCGACCCAACCACCGCCUCAGCCAGCGACCUCACAACCCUCCUCGACACCAUCACCACCACAUACGGACCCAUCGACAUCCUCGUCAACAACGCCGGCUACAUCCUCACCUCCACCAUCGAAGAAGCCACUGACGAAGAAAUCACAGCCCAAUUCUCCGUCAACCUCUUCAGCCAGAUCCGGCUCGUUCGCGCCGUCACACCCUCCAUGCGCGCUCGUCGCGCGGGCACAAUCGCCUCCCUUGGCUCCAUCGGCGCGUGGACCGGUUAUCCUGCCACGGGGCUUUAUUGUGCUAGUAAAGCCGCCGUCGCGAUAUACACGGAGACCCUGAAGGCGGAACUGAAGGAGUUCGGGAUCGACGUGGUUUGCAUCGAGCCUGGGUAUUUCCGGACGGGGUUUUUGGCGGAGGCGCAUUCUGUUAAGGCCAUUGGGAGGGAGCAGGGCGAGGAGAAGGGGAAUGGGGAGGAGGUAGUGGAUUCGGCUGCAACGAGGGAGAUGAGGGAGGCAUUGAGGGCUUAUAGUGGACGUCAGCCGGGGGAUCCGGGGAAGGGGGCCCGGGUUAUGUAUGAGGCGUUGACAAAGACGGGGCGGUUUAAGGAGCUGAAGGAGAAGGGGGAGGCGUUGCCUGCGAGGUUGGCGGUGGGAAGGGAUGCGAUUGGGUUUAUUGGGGAGAGUUUGGAGAGGGAGAGGGAGAUGUUGGAGAGGUGGGGUGGGGUGAUUGGGGGGACGGAUUGUGAUGAUGUGAAUUGA